AUGGAGAGCUUGGAGAACCUGACCAACGAGACGGUGGUGCGCGCGGACGGAGCCGGUCUGGACGGCGAGGGCGAGGGCGGAGGGAGCGCGCGCGCCCUGCUCGGCUUCGUCCUCUUCCUCCUCAUCGUGUCCACGCUGCUGGGCAACACGCUGGUGUGCGCCGCCGUGGUCAAGUUCCGCCACCUGCGCUCCAAGGUCACCAACUUCUUCGUGGUGUCGCUGGCCGUGUCCGACCUGUUCGUGGCCGUGCUCGUGAUGCCCUGGGAGGCCAUGUCGGCCGUGGCGGGCACGUGGCUGUUCGGGCGCUUCUGCGCCGUGUGGAUCGCCUUCGACAUCAUGUGCUCCACGGCGUCCAUCCUCAACCUGUGCAUGAUCAGCGUGGACCGCUACUGGGCCAUCGCGAGCCCCUUCCGCUACGAGCGCCGCAUGACGCACCGCGUGGCCUUCGCCAUGAUCGGCGUGGCGUGGACGCUCUCCGUGCUCAUCUCCUUCAUCCCCGUGCAGCUCAACUGGCACGAGCAGGGCGGCGAGGAGCCGCAGGAGCUGGCCGCAGCCGCCGCCGCCGCCGCCGCGCACGAGGAGGGCGGCAACGGGAGCGCGCGCGCCGACUGCAAGGCCAACCUGAACCGCACGUACGCCAUCUCGUCGUCGCUCAUCAGCUUCUACAUCCCCGUGCUCAUCAUGAUCGCCACCUACACGCGCAUCUUCCGCAUCGCGCAGACGCAGAUCCGGCGCAUCUCGUCGCUGGAGCGCGCGGCCGGCCAGCACCCCGCGCCUCCGCACCAGCAGCACAGCCAGAGCCACCAGCAGGGCGACGAGCACGCGCUCAAGACCACCUUCAAGAAGGAGACCAAGGUGCUGAAGACGCUCUCGGUCAUCAUGGGCGUGUUCGUGUGCUGCUGGCUGCCCUUCUUCGUGCUCAACUGCGCCGUGCCCUUCUGCCGCUGCGUCAGCGACACCACCUUCGCCAUCUUCGUGUGGUUCGGCUGGGCCAACUCGUCGCUCAACCCGGUCAUCUACGCCUUCAACGCCGACUUCCGGCGCGCCUUCUCCUCGCUGCUGGGCUGCCACAGGCUCUUCUCCAGCGCCGCCGCCGUGGAGGCCGUGAACUUCAGCAACGAGCUGGUGUCUUACCACCACGACACCACGCUGCAGAAGGACGCGCCCGCCAACCUGCAGCAGCAGCAGCAGCACCAGCAGCCGCAUCUGGCGCGCGACGAACCGGCCGCGCGCCUCGACAAGGCCUCCAUCUCGUCCGGCGCCUCGCGAAGGCUCGGGCACGGGCACGGGCGCGCGCACGCGCUCCUGCCCCACGAGUGCGACGGCGAGAUCUCGCUGGACACCAUCACGCCCUUCACCUCCACCGGGCUCGUGGAGUGCGAGGGACUGCCUGGGCAGAUCAUCAACGACUGA